AUUGCAUCGCGCAAUACAACGCAAUUUCUGUUUGUGUUCAGCCGUAAGUAACUGAAUAAUUUGUUCAUUUAUUUUGUUCUAUACCUGUAUACGACUAAGUGAAAUUAUAUCCGUUCUCAAUGCCCUACAUUCUGAUUAGAGGUAAUUUAGCAUCAUAUGGGCAUAAAAACCCGUGGCGUGUUUUGGUAUCCGGCUUGAAAGCUGGCGAUAUAGAACAACUCAAGAGGUUCGCAUGUGGGGGCUACUGCGACGAUUCAACUAUUGUUUAUUUGCAACAUCCUUGUGUUAUACUGAGUGCUCUUGAGGUAUUGGGUUACAAGGUUGUAGCGUCUAGCUCUACAGCAGUCAAACAAGAUUAUAAUGAGUAUAUGUGGACUAUGAGGAAAGAGUUCUCAGAACCAGAACCAUCAAUCAUUGUGGAACAAGAUAAUAUUAACAAUUUCAGCAAAGAGGCUAUGCACUUGGGGAAUUAUCAGCAUCAGACAAAAGACGACGAAGUGUAAGCUGCCAUUAUAUUGAUAGUUAAAUCUUUAUCAGUUUAUUUUAUUUUGUACUAUGGACACAAAGGGCAGUCAGAACCUGUCUCCAAGCAACUUGGCAUCAGUACCCUUGAUUGAAGAAGAAGAUGCAGUUGUUUAUAUUGCCAUUAAAGGAUCUCUGCAUGCAAAUGAUUGCUCUGUUUUUGGAUUAGGUGAAGAAGAGAUAAGAGCUCUUUCUAAAAAGUUUCCAGGAUCAGGAGUAGUUGUUAACGGUGUUGCCAUCAAGUGCAAUGUACUCGAGAC